AGUUAGCUGCUCAUAUGAGCAUUGAAUAUGAUUUAGUGUCUCAUUAGGUUAAAAUUGUACAUGUAAAUAUGAAUCAAGAUGAACCUGCUUGUAAGAAGGACAAAACUUCAGACCAUGAUGAUAUGACUUCUAAGGAGUCAGAUGAUGAUGAGUCCAUCCAAAUUAUUGAAGACAGCAGCGAGGAAGAAACUGAUGACGAUGAGAGUGACGACAGUCAAGAGGACUGCUCCUGUACCGGACAGGACUCUGAUGAAAUUGUCAUAGUCAGCAGUGGAGACGAAGAUGGAAAUCCUGAUACAAAGAAUUCUUACCGUGAUGCUUCCUCUGUCAGUACCAUGGAAACGGAUGGAACAAAUCCACGCAAAAAUUCAACUCGGCGAAACUGUUCAGCUCCAAAAGAUGCUCUAGUGCUGGUGCGAGGCUCCAAUGAAGAAGAUGCUGCACCUGCCAACCCAUCUGAUCUCAGUUCCGUGGGCGAGGCAUAUGAAUCCAGCAGUGUACAUGAAGUAGAGCUCCUAAAUGUCACCAUAAAUAAAAAUUACGCCCGCUGGGGCAGACUGGCCACCAAGGCCAAAGCUGAUGCUCCUCCUCCAGUAGAGAAACCUGAGAACCUCAUUCCAUUUAUAUCUGACGGGGUGAACCAGCCUGAAACACCGGCAACGGCAGAUAAUAAGAAUUGUAAAGUAAGUAAGCCAUCCAAUAAUAAAAGUGAUGCCGAUGAAAGAAAAUUAAUAGAUAGUGGGGUAGUUAAAAACAUUGUUGAAUGUUCUAUUGAUAGAAAAGAAUUUUCUGCAGCUGGCUCUACUCCGUGUGAUACAGAUGAGCGAGGUUAUCAAAAUUUCAACACUACUAACGUGCAUUCACGUAAUACCGAUUCGCAUAACCACUUUGAUGUUGAUGAGCGGCAACUUGUCUUAGACUUACAAUCCAGAACCGAAAUGAAGCAGCGAAGUUGCCCAAAAGCACUUGUAUCAUCGUGCAAACCUCUAGUGGAUUACAGUUCCUCUGAUGAGUCUAGUAAUGCUCAUACAAUUUCCAGUUACGAUUUACCUGGCAAAUGCUUGCCGGCUGAUCUAGAUGCCCCAAGGAACACCAUAUCGCCAUCUUUCCAUGACACUAAUAUAGGAAGCAUCACAUAUGAAACGUUUAACUCGUUUGGUAGAGGUUCUAAUUAUUUUGCUAAUGCCAGAAACGAAGGCAAAGUUACUCCAACGGAAGAAAAUGAGAUAACGUCGCUUGCGCUACCAACUAGAAUGUUUGCAUCGGAUGCUUAUGACUUGUCGUGGGAAGAAUUCAGCCCACCUCCACUUCCCUAUCCUGAUCGGAUCUCUGAUUUUUCCGUACCUCCCCCUCCUAUUGCUCGGAUUCUUGAUUUUUCUGUACCUCCUCCUCCUCCACCUGCCCAAUUUCCUGAUAUUUCUGUUCCUCCCCCUCCACCUACUCAAUUUCCUGAUAUUUCUGUUCCUCCUCCUCCACCUUCCCAAUUUCCUGAUAUUUCUGUUCCUCCCCCUCCACCUACUAAAUUUCCUGAUAUUUCUGUUCCUCUUCCUCCACCUGCCCAAUUUCCUGAUAUUUCUGUACCUCCUCCUCCCUUACCUUCCACCGCUCUUCCCUCAUUACCUGGCAAUCAUUUGCACUUGGGUUCAUCCUCUUUGACCCUCCCGCUAGCAGAUAAAUUCGGUUUGGAUGAUAGAGCUCAAUGUCCUCCAGAAGUUUCCUCCGUUUCCAAUCUCGGUUCAACUACUACAUCUCUACGUUCCGUCGUGUCUUUUGUCAAGUCACCGAAACUGCGGCAUCCCAAUGCACCAUUAUUGAAGACAGGAAGAGAGGAAGAAAUUUCAUUUGAAGAUUCCUUAAGACGGCCUUUUCGGUCUCUGAGAAACCGAAAAAUACCGUGUUACUCUCGAAUAUCCAAAGACUUGAACAAGGGUGGAUAUGCCCUUCCUGAAAUGCCUUCAAAUCAGAAUUGCCACAAACCUCAACUAGAAGUUAAAGAAAACGGACGAAACGCAGAAGUAAAUUAUUCUAGUCCUAAAAUAAGUGAUACAGCAAAUGCGGUGCUGUCGUCUUCAUUGUCUAAUGCAUUAAAGAAUGCUUCGACUAGCCCUCAAAUGACUCUGAAUAUGUUCACUGCAGAGCAAGCAUCAAUAAGUUCAUUAAAAGCUAAAGCUUUGUUGAAUAAAACUCCUGCAGCAAAACCUGAGGUUUUGAAACCUCAUAAACGAACGCGUGCGUCUUCGGGAGUUGAGAAAAAAGCAAGUACUGCAGACAAUGGAACAGUUCCUGUUUCAUUAAAAUCUUCUUGUGAAAAUAACUCGGAACUUCGCAAUUCAUCUAAUUGGGAUAAUCCGGACAAGUCUAAUUUAGUAUCUAGAAGCUGUUCUACAACACGAAGAAAACCAGUACAUGUUGAUCCUAGUUGUGCAGAUUCGCGAGAAAGAAUUGAAAAAUCUUCUGAAAAUGUUUUGAAAAUUCAACCUAAACCUCCUGGGGCCAAAGCCGGUCCAAUCCAUUCUAUGAAAUCUCGGCCUACGUCGCUGAACUCGAAGAGUGAUGAGCGUACUGAUUCGAGCCUUGGAGACCGCAGCAGUGCAGAAUUUCUAACACGACGUCGAAAUAAAUCAAGUUGCAAAGGUGUGCGCGCAGUAUCUGCACCAGCAAAUUCCAAUUCUGCACCAACAAGGCAUUCUGAAAGAACUCUCGCUCGUGCAUAUCUAAGUAAAAAGCAAAGUUCACCUGAUCAAUCUAAGUGUGGCAUCGAACCUCUUAUAACUUCACCUAAUUGUAGUGAAGAACCUCCCUCUAAAUUGUCUAAAAGCAUCGAUAAAAAAAUCGAGAAAGAAUCCAGUGCUCUAUUAUCCUCAUCUUCCCUAAAUUCUUCCAAAGCGAACGUAAGUGAUAAAACUAUCAAACAAUUAUCUGGCUUGCGUGAUGUACCAAAACUACUUCAGUCGAAAAAUCCUGCCUCAAAAGCAACAUACCGCAUCUCGAAUGGGAAUGGCAAGUCUUCAGUGGCAAAGAUAGUAAACGGAUCAAAAGCUUCCAAAAUCGCUUCAAAAUUGAAAACAAAAUCUCCAAUUAAAGAUUCUCAACGGACCAAUGGCGGGACAUUGCCCUCACGCUCUGCUGGAGCGUCAAUAAGUCGCACUAACAGCGCUCGGGCUAUACUAAGUCCUCGCCGAAACUCGGAACGAAGUUCCAGAGCGACAAAAUUCAUGUCAAAUAAGCUUGAUAAUGCAUCUAAAAGAGGUAAAAAGUUAAGUAAAGCACAGCGCGGCGAUGGUCUAAAAUCUCCCAGGAAAGGAAUAAUUUCUGCAAGUUCAAACUCUAGGGCAGCAGAUGUUGAAUCUUCGAAUACCUUAUGUGAUGAGUAUCGUUUCUUUACUGCAUCAGAUGAGGAGCAGGUAUCGCCCGUAACAUCUUUAAAUUUAUUAGGUUCUAUGAAAACCCUGUCAUGUUCUAACGCCCCUGAGCACUCCACUCAUGCUUCGAAAUCUACCAAGAGUUCUUAUGGUGAAAAUAGAAGCACUUGUCCUAAAAACACUGGCAAAUCGAAAAAACCAACAUCCAAACGCUCUAUCAAAAGCAAAUCCGGGAUGCAGUUCAAAGACACCAAAAAACAAUUUUCAUCUUUGAACACCAACGAAGAGACUAAUGCUUGCAAUGAAGUUACAAUUGGGAAAAAGAAGUCCUCCGUUAUAACGCCUAAAUUAUCUACCCUUGAUCGCAAGCUUCACUCAGGAGAGAACGACAUACCCAGUGACCAGAAUACCUCAGCUAGUGACCCCCAAGUAAGACCAGAGGAGUGCAGCAAUAAUAGUUCGUCGAGUGGAGUUGUGGCCCCUCUAGGUGUCACAGAAGCGAAAUCAUGUACCGCCUCAGAUUAUGAGUCUGUGCACCCUCGUGAGACGCUUGAUGAUCGCGAGGUUAACGACGAAAUUCGUGUUGAAGGUUGCACUCUCAAUAUCGGAAAUGAAGACGUCGUAGUGGACGGAAAAAUCUUCAGUAUCGACGAUAUGGUGCACUUUUGUGAUGGAGAAUUUACCAAUCUUAAUGAUGUCGUUUGUGAUAAUACGACAAGAGAGCAGCUUAAUUCUGGCGAUGCGUCCCGCAUUGCCGAUCACACAACGGACGAAUUACCAUCAUCAGACUCGCUCACCGCAUUGAAUCUUCGUUGCAUUGAUGAUUCCAACUUGGAAAAUCCUGAACAUUCCUUUAAAUCUAGUUCUUCGAGAAGAAGCCGUCGAACACCGACCCUAACCUCAGAAGAUCUUAGUUCAGACAUUGUUCAGAAUGUCGUUGAUAAAGAAAAUUACGACCCAUCUGGUGAAGGUGUCUCGACACCGGUGAGGGAGCCAACAGGUUCGGAACUCAGUCGUGUGAACGACGAGACUGAGCUCGCAGCCGAGGAAACUUCUCUCAGUCAAUCACCCCCCCUCCACGACGAUGAGUCGCUGUUCCCGACCGUGGUUCCCGCUGCUGGUGAUGCGGUACUGGAGGCGCUGCCUGACUACGACGGUGCGGUUAUCUACUGGCACGGGGGCGUGGCCACGAUAUCUGCCAAGCUGCGGCCUGAUGGCUAUACGGUGUAUCACGUGUUCGAGCGUGAGGGACGUUGCCACCAUUGCAUCACAGCAUUACAGGCCGCUGACACGCCUCUGCGUACGCUGUUCGAUUCCGCAAUCGAAGGCGUGCCAACCAAGUGUUCCUGCCUAGAUGAACUAAAGAAUCUCGGACAUUCAAAGGAAAUACUUAGCUCUGGCUCUCAGAACAACAUUUGUGAAGAAACUUUGAACAUUGAAGAAUUUUCUUCAAGGCCUUGUAUUUCUCCCGCAUGCGCGACUGAUAGCAUGAAGGUUUCCGAUGAGACAGAUAAACCGUCGUCCCCCCAGACCGCCCCGCUCUCCUGUUCACUGGACGAUGUUUCCCAGGAUUCUUUUCAUGCCCCAGAUGCUUCUGAGGCUGAUUUUCUUAGUGAUGUGUCUAGUGGAAGUUUUGAUUCGUCGAUUUUCACGGAUUCAAGUGAUUCUGAGUCGAUUUUUGAUUGGUCUUGCGAUGAGUUUGGACCAACUCUCGGCGACGAAGAAUUCGAAGUUAGUGAUAACGAAUCGUCUUCAAAUAGUGAAUUUGGAAAAAAUGUACCAUCGUCGGUUAGUAAUCAAAUAGAAUUACAAAAUCCUUUAGAAUGUAAGGAAGGUGCUGUAGGCAAGGAUUCGAACAAUUUUGCUACUGAAAAACUUGACGGUAAUUCAGUUGCUGAGAACGAUGAUAAAUUGUGCUUGAUCACAACACCUGAAUCUGCUGCUUGUAUGCAAGAGGAAAGGCACGUCGAGGAUGUCAAUUUCAUGACUCCUGUCAACAAAGCUGCUCUUGAGAACGACAUUAUUUUAAAGGAAAGACUAGACGAGGAUGGAAACGUCGAGGCUUGUGUAAAGAAAACUGAAUAUCAGAUAUCAAGUAUAGAGAUUUCCCAUGAAGAAACAAAUACGGAAACAGAUAUGGAAAUUCUGAAAAACGAUGCUGAUGAAAAGACUAGUCUUGAAUUCUGCACUGAUACCCGGAUGCGGACUACGUUGAAACCUACCAGCGGAGCAGGUACACGUGCAGACCAGCAGAACGCAGCUCCCAGCAGUGCAUCGUUCUUCCGACUGCCUCCUCCGUGUAAAGGCGACUUGUCUCACCAUCACUUUAGGAUGCAUGAACUGCAACUGCGCUACCCCUCCGGUGGCUGCAGCAGCCUGCGCUGGCGCCGAGCAAUGCGCAGGCUUCGUCGCAUCAGGUGUCUGGUCAGCGUCAAUGCUCAGGAAGAAAACGACAAACUCGACAUUGGCCUGCACAUCAAAUCUUGUGGUAACGCAUUACGAGAUUGCGACACCCCUCGUAAUUUGACAUCCGACACCAACAGGCUUCCUGGAAAAUCGCAGAUGACCGAAUAUCCCAAUACGGCCCUAAAGGAUGACGACAUUUUGCGUCCUGCUCAUGGGUCAGUGAAGAAUCCAUCGUGCGUGGUUGAGAACUGCAAGGAUCGGAUGAUUGCUGGUGAUAAAAAUGAUAGUGUUAAAUGUGUUCAUAGUGAGAAUUCUACUAUUCCGUCAGGUAUUAUUAAUGAAAAUAGUGUAAGCCCUCCAUGCGACCUCCAAUCAUUACAAACAAUAUCCAAGAUAACUGAGGAAUCGUCUGUUGAAUCGAGAAAAGUCUUGACACUUCAUGACCAGAAUAAUCAAUGGAAAGCAGAGCAUGUUGAUGAAAAUUUGUCUAAGAAAAGGCAAAAAGCAAGAGAAACUUGGCAAGAACUUCCACCUAUGACCCGAAUUCUUAGCAUUCUCCGCAAGCUCGACUCCCAAGUGUGUGUUCUAUCGCAUUUCAACAUAAAUUUAGACAACGACGGUGAAAUUGUUUGGGAUGAGGAUUCCAUUUGCAGUUCUUGGAUCGACCGUGGAUUACCUAUUGAAAGUUUAGAUUCUAAUGAAUUGGUAAAUUCUAAUAACAUUAGUUCUGUUCCUUCAAUGGAUGGAGUUAAUGCUUCUGUUAAUGGCAAAGGUAACAUGAAUCCAAGUCCUCCGAAAGUCUCAAAUUGCCAAUCAUUGCUCGAGUGUCAAGGAAACGGACUGUUUUGUAUCUGUGAUUGCACUGAUUGUCGUGUGAAGGACAUGGAAAAUGAAAUAGAUGCCCCGUGCUAUUGUUCUUAUACCAAUGCAUGGGUUGAAAGUGACGAACUUGCUCCCAAUAAUUUGGGUGUCUCCAACUCCGGGAUUAUUGAUGUCAUCAAAACGGGAGAACUCUCUGUUGCACUUGCCCGGUUUCCUAAAAUGAAGCUAAAUAAUGAAUGUAUCAAUGAAGAUAAAAGUCAAAUGAGCAGCAUCAGUAACGGAAAUUUGAAAAAUACAAAAUCUAAAAAAUUUUGUCCCGGUACUUCGAAUCGAAAGGUUAGUGGGGCGAGAACAACUAAUAAGUGUGACCUCAAAAAUUCUAGUUUAAAGGCUGGAAAUUCUAAAUUGAAAAGUAAUAAUAAAAUUUUGCCAGUUGCAAGUAAAAAUGUGAUUAAUUCCAAGCACAUGUGCAUAAACAAUUCAGAGGAUCGUAAUGAUUUGAAAAAUACUACUAAAGCCGGUCCCAAGUGUUCAAAGAAUCUGAGCGUCAUUAAACGAAAAACGCAGCAAAAUACUGAUUUAUCAUCACUGCAAAAGAAGACUACUGCAGCAAACUCGUGUGGAAAGAAGCAAACUGGCAGGCCCACCGAUAAAUUAAAUUCUAAACGAAAAACCUGUACUAAUGAGGCGAGUGACAAAAAUAGUGUUGCACUUUCGAGCAGUGAGAAAACCAGUGGGAACCCAACUCUGCAAUUGAAUAGAAUACAUGGAACUAUUGAUUCUGCAAAGAAAAGCUCCGCUUCCAGUACACGUGGAAAAAAUCGAGUGAAAAAAUCGUCAAGUUGUAAAUCUGAAAUCUCUGAGAGAUGUAAAGAGUUCAGUGAUAAUCCGGUUGGUCCAGCUGUCAGCAAUUCUCCAAUCAUCGUGGACAGUUUUGAUGGACUAAAUUUAUCCCGAGCGUGCCGCAGUACUCGUUGUAUUUACAAAAAAUUGUUUGUUAUCGAGAGUUUGAGAAGUGGAGACAGCAUACCUCUUCUUUGGUGCUCAGAUGGGCACAGAAUUUUGGCGAGAGGUUCUGAAGCUUCAGUCAUGGCUAACGAAAUCGUCGUACUGAGGAAAUCUUAUCAACCAUUCGGUAACAAUUCUGCUGCUAAUGCUCAUAGUGAUAGAAAUAUGAGCUCUAAGAAAGCCGUUCCUAAACCAAAAAGCUGUCAGCCUAAAGUAAAAGGCGUGAGAGAUGGCAAGAAAGUAAAUGAUUUAUGUGCAACGUCAGGCAAGAAGCUUGCAAGGAAAGAGGUAAAUAUUCCGUCCUCGAAGCUUAAAAAACUCUCCUUUCCAUACGCUGAUUUUAGUUCUUCAAACCUGAAGGUAAAUGACAUACUAUCUUCCGUCCAUGAGCGAGCUUUAUUUGACUCGAAUUUUCCGCCAAUUAGAAGCUUUCUGUCUGAAAAUACUUCCCAGUUCAUGCACAACCGCCUAAAAGCACAAGAAAAUGACAGGUUGCUCUUCAAAAAACUCUCCACUUUACCUCUUUUCAAUGGUCGACCAGUGUUUGCCUCUUCUUUUGAGAAUACCUCUCGGAAAAAUUUUUGGCUUGACCCUUCAAUCUUGAAUGUCUCUUUAGCUCCCUACUUAACGUCUCAUCCUAGCUCUCUAAACACAAUGAACUCCAGCUACGGUGAUAGCACAAAUUGCUCAGUGGGCAAAUCGGAUAAUAUGCCCCAACUAACGGCUAAUGGAAGUGCUAAGACAGAAUUGGCUCACGAGGAAACUGACCAUGCUUUAGAACAGUUGGAAAAACAUUCCCUCCCUAAAACGCUUCAUAAGAACUCGACAGAGAGCGAAAAAAGUUCGAAUGUUUUUGAACUGAAUUGUUCUGACGUGCCAGCUGUUGUUACUAAUCUUGCUCCAAACCUUGAAACUUCACUUAGUGCAUCAGACCAAACCUGUGACCUUAUUGCUGACAAUCCAAAUAAGUCACCGGAAAUGGUUAUUGACUCAGAUUGUGCCAAGACUGUGCCAGCUGACACUAGUUCUGACAUCAAACCAUCACGACUAGCAUCUCUGAAAAUCAGUGGUUCCCUAGCUUCUAUGUUCUUAAAACCUAGCGUGGCUGCUGAUUGCGUUCUGAAAGUAGAAUUGGACAGACUAACUCUUCCAUCAACCACGAUCAAUGUAGGAAGAUUGAGACGAAAUGUUAAGGAACGAGCUCGCCUGCGAUUGAAGGCAAUUAAUGUAAAAAAGAACGGUGCUCUUGAUUUAUCUAACACGUGGAAAAAUAAAACUUUGAAAAGCGAUUCUGUUCUUAAACUUAAAAAACGAUGGAAAACUAAUCUCAUGAAGAAAGUUGUUAACUGUUAUCGCUCGAACGCAUGGAAAUGUAAAACUUCCAAGGUAAGUAGUGCCCUUCAGCUCCUGGACUUGCAAAAAAGUAAACCUUUGAAAAAAUACCAGGAUUCCUGCAUUAAAUUAAAACCUCUUAAGCCUUCUUGGUCUGCCAAAACCUAUCAGCGACACAAGGAUAAGUUGAGAGCAAAGUCAUCGCUUGAAGGAGAUUUUCCGCAAACAAGGACCCCGGAGAAGGAGCGUGCCGAGAGCACUAUCAUCAUGAGUCACUCGGCUCGAGUUGAAGCGUCUUGCACCCGUUCCGUAAAUUCCAUAUCUCCUCCCCAAAGGGAGUUUUCCGAUACCCAACAAAGUAAAAUUAGCGCUGCGCUUAACACCGUCUGUCAUUCGAUGUGCCAGUUGCUACCCAAUGAUGAUUCUAAAGAAUCUGGUUCAGAGAUCCGGAAAAAUAGCUCAGUUCCAGCAAGUGUCUAUGAUUAUUUGUCUUCAGAGGAUUCUGAAGAACUUCCUGACGUUGAGAAGCUGAAAUCAUAUAAAAUUAAAUUUAUUCUUAAUCCUCCAAGAAGCCGUACUGUGCUAGUACCGAGCGCCCUAAUUGCUACUGAUGCUCUCGAUAAGAAAAACCUUGCUGCAGACAACGCCACUGCUGAUGCAGACAACGCCACUGCUGAUGCAGACAACGUCGCUGCUGAUGCAAACAAUGCCACUGCUGAUGCAGACAACGUCGCUGGUGAUGCAGACAACGUCGCUGCCGAUGCAAACAACGCCACUGCCGAUGCAGACAACGUCGCUGCUGAUGCAAACAAGGCCACUGCUGAUGCAGACAACGUCGCUGCUGAUGCAAACAAUGCCACUUCUGAUGCAGACAACGUCGCUGGUGAUGCAGACAACGUCGCUGCUGAUGCAAACAAUGCCACUGCUGAUGCAGACAACGUCGCUGCCGAUGCAAACAACGUCGCUGGUGAUGCAAACAACAUCGCUGCUGAUACAGACAACAUCGCUGCAGAUACAGACAACAUCGCUGCAGAUACAGACAUCGCUGCAGAUACAGACAUCGCUGCCGAUGCAGACAACGCCAUUGCUGAUGCAGACGACGCCACUGCCGAUGGAAACGACGCCACUGCUGAUGCAGACGACGCCACUGCCGAUGGAAACGACGCCACUGCUGAUGCAGAUAACGUUGCUGCUGAUGCAGACAACGUUGCUGCAGAUGCAGACAACAUUGCUGCAGGCACAGACAACAUCGCUGCAGAUACAGACAACAUCGCUGCAGAUACAGACAACAUCGCUGCAGAUACAGACAACAUCGCUGCAGAUACAGACAACAUCGCUGCAGAUACAGACAUCGCUGCAGAUACAGACAUCGCUGCAGAUACAGACAUCGCUGCAAGUGCAGACAACGCUGCUGCAGAUGCUGACAACAUCGCUGCAGAUACAGACAAUAAACUUUCUGCUGCGAAGGCAAGCAGACACGAUUGUGAAAAACUUGAAUCUUUGGAAAGUUCAUUCUCAUAUUUGAACACAGUCACAAGACCGACAAUUUCACUUGAGAAAAGUCAGUUGUCCAGAAAACGGAAAGCUGAAAAGCGGCGAAAGGUCCAGAAGAAAAAUUGCAGUGGAAAAGGUCGUAAGGAAUCUCUGAGUUGCAAGGUUCCUCCUCCGAAACAGCCAAGUGGUUUGAAAAGACGCAAGCCUGAUUUGGAAUCUCGGAAAAAUAAUUUCUCAUCUGUUCUCGACUCGAAAAUAUCUCGCGCUGCCAGCGCUGAUGAGGAAGAUUUCAUCUUAUCUCUUAGUCCUAAUUAUGAAUCUCCAGAUGGAGAUUUGAAUGAUCCUAUCUGGGAGCCAGACGAGGAAAGCGAUUCAGAUGACGAUUCAGUCUUAGGAAUCUCCGGUAAGAGACCAAGACGAUUGACAGCAGCUGCAUUUAUUAAUAAGAUGAAAAACAGUGAUAAUAAAACUAUGUUUAUAUCCAGUAAUUUUGGCAUCGCCUCUGAACAUGAUAUUUCUUCGGCCACUUGUGAAAGUAAUUCACAACCUUUUGAGAAUCGUCCCGUCAUACAGCAGCUUACAGGCGAAAACACACUACUCCUGAAGGAAGAGAUUGACGUAAUAGAAAACGUAGCUGCAGUCGGAAAUAUACUGGGCGAAAGUAAGAAUAAUAUAUAUGAGGCUUCAAAUCCAUUUCACAACGACGCUAAUAACUGGGAAUCCUCAACAACGCAAGCCAGCAAAUGCAAUUUUCUUUUGAAGGAAGCAUCACUGUCAGACGGUCGAUCAACGAGGAUGAAAAUUAGUCCGACAUUACAGAUGGACGUUGGUGUUGAAAAUAUUGACACUCCUCAUUCAUGCGAAAUGUAUAGUCUGUUGAAUGAGGGCUCGGUAGGAACGUACUCAGAUUCAAUUUCAAUUAAGGAUCCACCUUCAAAUGAAUCUAGCUUCCGUGAUUCAUUGACUGCACACCUUUGUCAAGAAAAUUACAACGACAAAGAUCAAUCUUUCCUUGAGGUUGAUAGGUCCGGAGAUGUCUCGAGUGUCAGCAGCUUUUCCUGUUUGUCGGAGACACCUAACUGUGAUGAAAGUCCUCAAUAUUAUAAUACCUCUUCCUGCAGUAAAAGUCGAUCUUCCAUAGGCGUUGAAAAUACGUUGGAACUGGAGGAGAUGUUUGAUGGCUUCCCUUCUAUAGAUGAAUCGAAUGAAAAAUUCCUUGCUCUGAAGAAGAAAAUUGAGUUACGGGAUUUUAGAAUUUCAAAUUGGUCACAAACUUCACGAAUUUCUGCACGUGCAGAAGCUGACAACGAUGCGAGCAAUUUCUGCGAUUAUAGUACUAGGGAUAGGUGGGACGCUGAACCUUCCAAGCUGCAGAGAACGUCUGAAGAAACCCAUUGUGGAAACGAUGAAGGUUCUAUUCUUGUUACAUCUUCGACUGACGCGAGUUACAACUCGGAUAAUUUUGAAGAUUCCGUAGAUAAGUUUAUCGCUAAACCCUGCUUAAAAGCAUCACCAGGAUUAUCGCAUGAUGAGAAUCUAACUGUAGAAAAGUCAAGAAAAGAAUUGAACGACAAGCUGGAUCUUGGAUCAAGUGAUGGUGGACGUAAAAUUCCCGAGGACGAUCUUGAUAUUGCUAUUCAUGGAAGCAACAAUUGUUACUUGUCUUCUUGUCUUCCAUCUGAAAAUGACGACAUCGCGGUGUUGCUGGAUGAUAAUUUCUGCGACCCGCUUUUAGUUAAGACGGAACCCGUGGUUUUAGAGCUUUCCUCUGAUGACGACUCUAAUGACAGAGACUCCCUCCAACAUUCCAAGCCGCCGGAGGAAAGCUCUUCUCGAGAAUUGAAAUUUGCUGACGGCGCUUCUCACUUUUCACGGCAAGCUGGUCAAUCUUUGAACGAGAGUUCCCCACUCGAUCCCUUGAAAGGCUACGAUUUGACUACAGCUAAAGUGCCAUCAGCUGAUGAGACGAAUCAGCGUGCGGACACGAAGAAUAUCUCGUAUGAUGCUGAUGUGGCUAUCGUACCUAAAUGUUUCCAGCAUAUCGUGGCCCCUAGGAAGCUCAAACGCACAUUUUCUGGUUUAGGGAGGCAUUUGCAAGACCCCUCUGACAAAAUUCUUGUUGAGUCCAAUCAGGGGGAAUUCGCUGGCAAAAAAUCCCUGAUCCGACAUCGGUUGAUACGUGGCAAUGCAAGCCGGGUCAUCCGCAAACAUUCUGUUGGUAAUAGAAAAGAAAGAUCGUUAAGUGGACUUAACAAUCUUUCUGGGCAAAGUAGCAAAUUGACUCAUUUGACGCAUUGCAUCAGAGGAACUGCUAACCGUGGCCGUAAGGUUCAACAUUUUAGACGCACGUCUCCAAAUAGACUGGCUUUAAAAGGCGUCAAAGUGAAGUUGGAACAUCUUGGCGCCCUCGAUAUUAAGAGACUUGCAUGCGACUCGGCCGCCAGCUCCGGCCCAACUCAGGAAAACUCCGUUCCUGGUUCUUCGAAGAAUUGCAACGACGGCAGAAGAAUUUUAGAUUCUAAGCUACAAAUGAUAACAUCUGUUCAACUGAGCCGUAUCGAUGAGUUAGGGGCAAAAAGAAAACACGAAAGUGAUACUGACGAUUCGGAAGCGACCGACGAGGGUCUACAAAAUAGCGCUUUGAAACGGCAGAGAAUUUUCUACUCACGCGGGCGGCGUGCACGGCGAGGGUGCUGGAAGUUCCAAGAACGCACGCUCGACCACGUCGCUGUCCGCAGUUGAAGUGAUUGCCUUCAAGUCCAAAAAUCUUCAUAAUUGUUGAUGAAAAAGUCGAAUUUUCCUACUUCAAAAGGAUUGAUGUCAAUAUUGCGUUCUUUGAUAAUGGUUGACAUAUUGAUUUAUUGGGCAGCUUGUAGUCAAUGUUUACUUCUAUAUUUUUUUAUUAUAUAUAUUUCAAAUGUUGUGACGUUAAGAAAAACAGCUGAUCACUGUUACAUGCUUGCACAGCAAAUUUUUUGGUAACGUUAAGAAUUUUCGAUCUCCUGUCCCUGCCCUCUUUUUCUAUAUUAUUCAGUUUAGCGCCCAAAGUAUUCUUACAUUUUCAUUUUAUUUAUUGUUCUCCUGCUAUUGAUUCUCUAUGACUUAUGCAAGUAAUUUGAGCACUCGUAUUCUAUACAAGAUUGAUGAAGCUCAUUGUAAAUUGUGCAUUUUUCUAGAUUUAUUGAGACACUAUUUGUUCCUACCUUUCCUAGAUCGAGCACACAAAUCAAUUUGCCCUGAACUUAUUCUUACGCUGCCGUCAAAUUGUGCUGACAAUUGCGUUCAUUUUUAACCCUCGAUACUGAUUACUUCUGAGACUGUCAAAUAAAUAAUGGCAUGGAGCGCUAAGUAAACGAUCAUUAUUUUUACAAUGACUUUGUUGAUUUCAUCAUCUGCGUUCAAUGUCAGUCAGCUUUUGAUCACUUGAAUUCUUUGUAAAAUUUUUUCAAAUAUACUUUCCGUGGAUGGAAAGUAUAUUUAAUUUAGUACACGAUUCUACCUUGCAAACAACAGGUACAUUCCACAUGAUUCCUGUUAGAAUCUUUUGAAAUGAGUUACUGGGUUACAAUAGCUUGACCUCAGAUUUGGGGGUUAUAAUUUUUCGAAAGCUUACUUGUGAAAGUGGUUAGGCCAUUUGAUGUUUAUUGAAGGCAUGGCAAAUAAGUCAUUGGGCAUUGUUUGCGCAGGAAUUAGUUGCUUUCUAAAUUUAUUUGUUUGCGUUUGAGCGACUCACGGACUGAUGGCCUCAAUGGAAGCCCUUGUUAUUAAGUCUUGAAGACUUGUCGCAGCAAUUGUUUUUACUUAACUCUUAGACGUGAGUGUUGCGAUGCACUCCAGUCAUAAUACUUCAUGAGUGUUCCAAUACUUUACGUGAUUUUUGUACUGAAUAUAAAGGCAAAUAUGAAGACAGACUGCGUCUAAGACUUGAUUUUUGUUAAUUAAUGAGUGGUAAAAAAAUGUAAUUCCAUUUUAGUUUCUUUCUGAUGGCUGUGAUUGUGUUAUUCUUCACGGUUUGCACGAACUAUUAUUCUGCAUGUCGUGAUGAAAUUAAGCGUAUCUUUCCUCGUCCUUCUCCGGCUUUGGCUAAACUUACUUUUUAAGAACGUUUAAUAAAAAUCGCUGCACAGGCUGUGGAUGCAUAAUCUCUUAAUAAGGAGAUGUCCUGAACGUGUUCGGGACUUCUGCACAUUUUUUCAUUGAACUUCCUAUCACAUUGUGUUUUCUUCUGUUACGAGAAUUACAGCUUGAAAAAUUUUGUGGCUUAGGGAUCUAAAAAUCUAAUAAACUGGUAUCCCUGAUGGAUUCUUUGAUUUCUUUUUUUUUUUUUUUUUUGCCGCCGUGCUGCCCGCUGUCAAUUUAUUUCCAUCUUAACCAGGCGCAGUUUCCGCAUCAUGGCAUUUGAUUGAUGACUUAUGAGGGCUGUGGUACUAAAGCUAAAUUAAUUUUUCAAAUUUCAGUUCGAUAAUUACUAAUCUGAUUGAGUUUGUAACAUAGUAAAUGAUCAAAAAUUUUCAAGCACCGCAGUUGAAUUCAAAUGAUAGUCUAAAAAAGUAACAUCGACAUAUAUUGGUCACCUCACAAUCACACGAUCAAAUUAUUAUCAAUGGAUUGACUACGAAGAGGCCACACAGCUUGCAUAUACGGUAAUCGUCAUGGGGCAUUUCUUUAAAAUCGUUGUACAAAUUUGCUUCUUAUUCGAAAAAUUUUCGCCAUCCAUCAUGCCUGCAUUCGUGAGGUGCUAUAUUGAUUAUUAAAUAAAUGUAAUUAACUAUUUACUCCAACUAUAUCGCCGAAAGACUACUUACUCAAAAAUAUCGCCGAAAGACUUGCUACUUACUUUUUAAUGGCGAUGCGAGGAGAAGAAAGAUAGCGAAGUCUCUCUCAAAUUAGUCUAACUGACACAAACGUUCGCUCGUCAAAAACAAUGAACAUUGAUCACCAAUGGGAAUUUAUUAUGAAAUUCUGGCGGAUAUCGUGUUUUUUGUAAGGUCAAUAAUAAAUCUUGACAACUAUACAAAUGUC